AUGCUCUUGCACCCGGGUGGCAUGAACCUGUUGGUGGAACGGGACGGCGAGUCGAAUACGCCUCUACACACAGCCAUUCGAAGAGGCAAUCAUGACUUUCUUUGUGCAGUUUCAGGAGAGCCAAGUCUGCCUUUGACCGUCAAGAAUGUCCGUCAAACCAUUGAGAAGGGCAAAGCCACCUGGGCCGCUAUCUGGAUGCGAAACACGUUCUUGCAUGACGCCAUGUACAGCAGGAGCCUACUCGCUGCCAACAAAUUACUCCUGGCUAUCAUAUCCCUAGCACCAGAUGACAUGUUGCUUGCUCAAGAUAUCCACGGGCAUACGCCCCUUCAUCUGGCGGUCGAAUAUUCAAAGUGCACUCCUGGACGUCUCGAGAUCGUUCGGGAGCUCAUUUCCCGCCGCCGUUCUGUGCUCCAAAAGAAAGACUUCACUGGGCACUCGCCAUACCAGUAUCAUGUUCUGUCAAAACCGGCAAGCCAUAGUGGCUCAAAACCCCUGGAUACGAAGGCUGCCGAACUGGACUUGUCAGCAGGAUCCUGGGGCUCUAACAGGAGAUUAGGAAGUCCGGACGUCACCGACGAAACAGCAAAAUUAAUCCAGGACAAAUUGAAGCUUGAGAGUCUGAGGGACAUGUCAUGCGAUGCUGCGUACCGCUGCUUGUAUAUCCCAAAUGAGAAGAUUGAACUCCCAGACCAAGAGUUGUGGUUUGAUUACAUGCCCGCCCCAUCGACUGACAUGACGUUUGCCCAGUUUGAAAGUCACUGGAAUAAACUUGACUUUGAGACGACGUUAAAAUACGUAUCGAUUGCAAACAUCAAGUUCAAGCCGGAUAAGGAUGACGACCGAGUUGUCUUAAAGGGCCGCAACGAUGCCACACGUAUCCUGGGCUGGUUACAAAGUAAAGGUGUGAAACGAAUCCUGCAUGUCAUCGUCGACGACAUGAAACCAAACUAUCACAGCUACGACGCGAUAGGGCGCGCCAUCGCCAGAGCCGACGUGGAGGUCUUAGACUGGCGCCGGCCGGACUUGUGUCCCUCUACCAUCUUCAAGAUCGGCAAGAAUUUGAAGGAAUUAUAUCUAUAUUGGGGUGGUAACAACGCCAUCUUACGUGCUUGGAGCGAGGCUGAAGGACUAUCCAUGCUAGCUCAGUAUGGCAAACUGUCAAAGAUUUUCAUCUUCUCUCCAGAGGACAGUCCUAACCUGUCUUCGAACAUGUCGGAGCAACUGAAAGGCUUGGAUGAUCGUCUGAUACGCAACUGGUCGCUCGUGGCAGAGAAAAGAAGGCCACCGUCACAAGAGAGGAGUGCGAGUGCAAUACUGGACGAUAGCGCGACUUUGGCAUCCGGAUCACUCCGUCUGGAUUCUGGACUAUUCCGCCCAUGUUCAGCAGGCUCUCACAUAUCAAUGAAACAUGAAGUCGCCGCGGACAGCGAAAUCACUGGCCCCCAAAUAAUCCACCUUGCGGCGAAGACGUCUCUUGAAUCUAAGCCGGCUGAUAACGACAGGCCGGCGGCCGAGAUGGAUCAACAUCGCUGGAUGCAGUGCAUGGAGAACUUCACGACUGCCUUUCUCAAGGUCCGAGAACGCCCAGCGAGAGACGCAGAGAACAACUUCAAGUCGAUCCGAGUUGCCUUGAUUGACGACGGUGUCGACACUACACACAGUUCGCUUCAGGGCAGGGAAUACCUCGGGAGAAGUUUCGCCUUCGACGACGCAGGGCAAAGAAACUAUCCAUAUUGGAUUUCUGACAGCGGUCAUGGAACCAUCAUGGCAAGGUUCAUCCGCAAAAUCUGCCCGACGGCGGAUAUCUACAUCAUCAAGGUAGCGACCAGACCAGCGACACAGGAUCCAAACAGGCUAACUAUCGUCGUAGCCAGCGCCGUUGAUGCUAUCAACCACGCCGUCGACUGCGGAGCCAGGGUCAUCUCCAUGUCCUGGUCCGUCAGACGGCCAGAAGACAAGGAACUGCGGAAAGAGUUUGACGAGGCCAUAACCAGGGCCGUCCGACAAAGAACCAUCAUGUUGUGCGCGUCAGGCGACCAGGGCAAGACAGGCAAUGACGAAACCUACCCAAAACACGCGGAUCAAGAGAACGUCAUCCGCAUCGUCGCCGCCACGGCCAUGGGCAACAACGCCCAAUACGUCGACGAACACAAGAUCGACUUUCUCUUUCCUGGCCACAAGAUCCCCCUGAGGGGGAGCAACCCGGACAAGGAGCUAGGGUAUGUCCAUGAGGGUUCUUCGGUCGCCACGGCCAUCGCUGCCGGACUGGCGACCUUGAUCUUGGAAUGCGUCCAAGUCGGCCACUUUUGGGAGGUGACCAAGCCCCCCAGGUCCCAGCAAUCGAUCCCGGAUCAAGACUCAAUGGAUUCAUUGGCCAUCAGGGCCGGGUUCGCGAGCAUGGUCAGAUCGAAUUCGCGAUAUCUCUGGGUCUGGGAGACUUUCAAUCAUCAAGUCUGUGAGUGCAUCACAGAUGGAGGGCGUGAUGAUCAAUUGAUUGAGGUGGCAAAGUUGGCGAAGAGCUUAUUAUUUUGA